AUUUCAGCAGAUUAAAGAACAGUCGACAUGGCAAAAUUCGCAACUGCUUUGUGUCUCCUAGUCGCCGUUUCCGGUAUCCGAGGCUCAAAUGAAACCAUUUCAGCUGUGUCAGCGAUCACUUUAGAGCUGACAAAUUAUAACAGUACCGCUAACCAAACAAUUGUAACUAUGGAAAUUUAUAUGGUUAACAUGGCCACGAUUGCUGAGAAUGCUCUGAAAAAAUUAAACAGCUCCAUGACAGCAGCUAUUGAAACGUCUAAAUCGCAGUGGGAGGAGUUGGUGAACGGUACUACUACCGAUAUGAGCUCAUGUGAAAACGUAUUAUGGGAUGAAUACUCAGAGGUCGCAGCAGAAAUUUUAGCCAAUGCAACCACCUGCAUCGAUUCCUUAACGGCCGAAGCAAAUUCCAGCUUGAACCUCGUCCGCACUGAUUUCGAAACAUGCAGCACAUCUUUGCUCACUCUACAAAAAGAUGCUUCUGAUUGCAGUUCCUACAAUGAGACAGCUGCCCAUACGUGUUUAGAAUCAAUCGGAGAGACGACGGACGAUUCGGCUUGUACAGACAUUGCAACAAAUCUGAAGAUCUUUACCCAGAUGUACCAAAACUUUUCGGACUUGGUGUCAGGCUGCGUUAACUCGAACGCUUUCAUGAGUUUCAAUGCCACCUUAAAGACGGAUUUGGACACAGCAGUCGAAUGUGCACUGAAACUUUUGGGAAUGGCUUCAUAACUUGAGCUUUGAAGAUAUUCACGUCCGAUUUAUACGUUAUCUCUAUUUAAGUUGGUUAAUAAACACAGUUGUAUU